GACAGAUGGAUAAAAUUAGAACAUUGGUCUCUCUUGACUCUCCUCUUCUGUUUUGACUCUUCUCUUCUCUUCUCUUCUCUUCCCAAUCUACCUACCUACCUAGUAACUAAGAGAUAACUACCUUCUUCUUCUAUCUAUUCUAUAUCAGCCAAAAGCAAUCCCUCUGAAUCCCUAACACUCAACGUUUAACAUUACAAAAUUCCAUCCUUUUCUCCACUUUACAGAUAGAUAGAUAUAAGCCGAAUUAAGACGAAGACUCAUAUCAGCCCCAUCAUAAUAAAAUAGAUUGCAGGAUCCCUACCCUCCACGUUUCUUUCUGACCUUCCACAAGACCAGAUCGAUCCUCCAGAAAUUCAUUCCGUCGAACCACAAAUCAGAGAUUGAUGACAUUAUCAAUCAACUAGCCAAUCACCCAAGCAAGUUAAACCUUUUAUCUCUUGUCCCUCUCCAUUGAGUCUGACAAACGCUCCACCGACUGAAAAGGAAAUUCGCGUCUCCGUUUCUUUUCUAAUUUCACCUGCAAGUCUGCAAUUCUGCAAGUGAUUGCUGCAAUCUUUUGUCAGUGCGUUACCGUUUUUAGAAGCUUUUUGACUGAGCUUGAUCCACCUUCGAGAAGGGGUCCCUGGAAUUUUCUCAAAGACUUUCCUAACGCUCUUUCAUUCCUGUUUGAAGUUAACUACCCUUCCAAUUCCCUUUUCCUCGUGGCACCCAGGCCGUGACCCACUUAAACACCUGCUGUUACUACAAAAGCCGAAGACGUGGAUCAACGCCAUCACUUCCAGACCAGAAUAGCCUGAGAUAGCCCUUACCUUUUCACUCCCUCGAGCCACUCUGCGAUUCGAUCAUAUAACGGUGCUUAUUAGGGACCACUUCAUACUACAAGAGGAAACCUUGAUUUAAUCUGUCAUAAAAUCUCAUCCCGUGUCAAUCUGAAACGAAUAUCGCAAAGAUGGUUGCUUCCUUAGAUUCUGCCCGUCCUAUCAUGGCACCAAGUGUCUCCUCCAAAGCCAAUCGCUUCAGUACGUACAGCCAAGCCAUCUCUGUCGAAACCACCGAUUCUGCUCGAGAAGAAAUCACCGCUAUUGAAGAAGGGUUUGACAAGUUGCACAAUAAGAAGUUGGAGAGUCAGCGUUGUGACCUGACGACUGAGAAGAGAGACAAUAUGGGCAAGCUGGCGUUGGGAGCCAAGUUGGAGAGGGCAUUGGGUCGAAGAAUGGGUAGUCAGGAUGCCGUUAUGCGAAAGAAGUCACCUUCACAAUCAUCUGCCGAAUCGCCUACAUUGUCAAUGAACGAGAAGACCGGUCUCUCCGAGAGUGAAAAGGAGAAUGCCGCAUAAUGGAUGGUGGAUGUUGGAUGUUGGAUGUUGAAUCGGGGAACGAUAUGGCUACUACGUUAGGAGGACGACUAUUGUGUUACGGAUUUUCACUCGGGACAAUUAUGGGCAUCGAUUGGCGUUCCGUUCAUGUUUUGUCUUUUACGUCACCUUAAGCCUAGCUGUUAUACCAUUUCAUUUGAUGGGGGUCGACAACUGUUUUCAAAGCUCUUAUACCACACCAGCGCACGCAUUAGCGAGAGAUGAUGUUUUUAGAUUGGUAUGCAACUUGCUCAUUAUUAGAACAAGUAGACAUAAGGAGUCUAAGGAUGAAAUUAUAACUUGAAUGCUUCCUACAUAUGUUUUAUGUGAACAGAU